AUGGCUUCAUCCUCUUCUAGGUUUUCACUGGUAAACUCCAAUGCAUACGCUUUCCUUAUACUUUUAACUUCCACCAAAAAUGCUACCGGAUGCUACACAUCCCUCUUUGGCUUCGGUGAUUCACUCACUGACACCGGAAACCUAGUGAACAUCUACCCGGCGGAUGAUCCUCCCCACAUGGCUUUUCCGCCCUAUGGAGCAACCUUCUUCCACUUUCCCACUGGCCGAUGCUCCGACGGUCGUCUCAUCAUUGAUUUUAUAGCUGAAUAUUAUGGACUUCCACUAGUACCACCAUAUGUUGAAGGGAAGAAUGCAAAAAGACCAAAUUUCCAUAAGGGUGUUAAUUUUGCAGUUGUAGGAGCUCCAGCGCUGGAUCUGGCCUUUUAUGAAGAAAGAGGAAUCUACAAUACUAUCACAAAUGACUCUCUAAAAGUUCAGCUGCGUUGGUUCAAAGAAAUAUUACCAUCUCUCUGCCACUCAUCCUCAAGUUGCAGUGAAUUCCUUCAGAGCUCUCUAUUUCUCUUGGGACCAUUUGGAGGGAAUGACUAUGGCCAUUCAUUCUAUUCAAAUGCCAGCAUGGAUGAGAUUCAAUCAUUUGUACCUCUUGUAGCUAAAGCCAUAGGUUCAGCCAUCAACGAACUAAUUGAUCUUGGGGCUGUGACACUUGUAGUCCCUGGGAUGAUACCAUUGGGCUGGUUAGCGGGCUACCUAACAUACUUUGAGACAUCAAAUGAAACAGAGUAUGACUCAAUGGGUUGCCUUAUUUGGCUUAACAAGUUUACUGAACAUCACAAUGAAGUAGUACAAAGAGAACUCAAUGAGAUUCGAGAGCUUCAUCCUCAUGCCACCAUCAUCUAUGCUGAUUAUUACAAUGCUGCGAUGCCACUUUAUCAUUCCCCACAAAAAUAUGGAUUCACGAGAGGAGCUAUAGUAGCAUGCUGUGGAACGGGAGGCCAUUACAAUUUCAACAUAUCUUUGAUGUGUGGUGAGAGACCAUUUCUUGAUUGUGAUAACCCUUCCUUAUAUGUUGACUGGGAUGGUUAUCACUUAACAGAGGCAGCAUACAGCUUGAUGUCCAAAAGCUUAUUAGAUGGACCAUACACCAUUCCUCAUAUUAAUUCUACAUGUGUUUCUUUAGUUGCACCUGCUGAGUAUUCCUUCUAUAGUUAG